AUGUUAAAAAAAAUCCAGUCUGUUCUUCACCCUAACUCAUGUAGUAGAGAUCUAGUUGCGACAAAUCCGUCUUAUAAUGAUACAGUCUCCCCUGUGCGGUUGGUCCGCAGUACCUCCAUGUAUGUGGUUGGCAAUGGUGGACAAACAUUUAGCGAAUCGUUGAAAAAAUAUAAAAGUACGACCAACAUUGAAAGCUCUGGUUGUUACCACUACAAAGAUGAGGACAGGGCAUGGAUGUUUGCCAAGACUCAAGAUUGUUUGCAAUAUCUUCAGGAUCUUUUAGCUUUAAGAAAAAAGUAUUUGAGCAGUCUACACAAUUUGAGGUCUAUGACUACACCCUCAGAGUGCUCCCCCACCUCAACAAAGUCUUCAAAAGGAGAGAAAAAAACACCAGCCCAACAAGCAGAUGUGUGUAAGGUAUCUAAAGACUAUACCAGAUCGCUCCCCAACUCUGAUAUUUUAGAUGCCAUAGCUUAUUUUGACUCCAUCAUUGCUGAAUUGGAUUCAGAGAAACGUACAAGGAUACCAAACAGCGACAUCAGGAAUGCAGAUGUGGACUUUGAUGUGGCUACCAGCAGCAGUGAGCAUAGUUUACAUUCCAACUGGAUACUGCGUGCUCCCAGGAGGCUUCCCGACGUCGCUGCCAGAGGGACAUCUGUUCAAAGUCAGAGUUGGCGAUUCAGUAAUGGAGCAAAGAACUUCAAGCGAAUAGAACGAUAUCCAAUCUAUUUACCGAAAGCUGUCGAAGGAGCGUUUAACACAAUGAAGUUUAAACCAAACUCCAAAACAAAAUAAUUUCUGUAGAUGAGAAGAAUUCUUUUUUGACAUAGGUGUGGCAUAUUAAUAUGUUUAUAGGACAAUAAAGCAGCACGUGCCACUCAAGAACCAUAGAAAUAAACAUACGCUUCAUUUACUGACU